AUGCCACGCACCUAUCGUCUGCGGCGACGCAGAACAAGAUCAAUCGCAACACGUCUAGCAGCAACGGCGCUAGCAGCUCUCGCGUUUGGCGCAUCGUACGUUGCAGCAGAUGCAAUAGCCCCGCCCCUCCACUCGACCAGCAAUCACGCAUCCGGUGCUGGACUGCCCGCGCUGAACAGUGGAUCUUCUUUCGGCCUAUCAGGAGCAGAAACGCUCUUGAACCAGCACGAUGUCGCAUCGACGGAGAAUGCGGCAUCGGAUUCUCUCGAUCGUCGCAAGCAUGUAAUCUUCCAAGACCUUGACCAGCUGCAAGUCUCGUCCAAUCUCGAUCGCUCACAGUCACGCAUCCUCGGCCUCGAUCGGUUGGCUCUGAAAUCACCUGUUGCUCUCGAGUUUGAUGAUGCGGCUUCAGCAGACCGUGAGGCAGUCACGCACGAUGCAGACUCGGAAUCACUUGGCAGCGUCCCAUCCGUGCCCGACGCUCGCUUGUUUCCGGUGUCAGGAACACGGCAGUACAAGGCAAAGCAACCUGCUGAUCGCUUCAAGGUGACCUACAGCAAGGAUUUGGUGGGGCAAGAUCUCAAGGGCAAGCAGACCGGUAAUGGGUAUGUCUUCAGCCGUCACGCGAACGCGGAUCUCUCUAUAUCGGAUGCCGGGGCAGCUUUGGUCAACCUGUUCUCACGACGCGACUCGCCUGUCAGCCGUCCGCCGUUGGUUCCGAACUCGAACUCGAGACUACUGAUCGGACUCGUGGUCGUCUGCAUCAUCGCCGUAGGAAUCGUGACGGUCGCCAUCCAGGAGAUGUGGAACAGGCUGCAAGCAGGUUUGCAGCCUCGCUCGCCACUGAGAAGAAGAUCGGGAGAAGCACGUUCAAUCCGAACGCUCCAUCGCAGCGAUGGAAGCUACAGCUCGCUGCACACAAACGCAUUGACGAUCCCAUCCUUGGAAGAAGAGGAGGAGCGUAUCAAGACUCCGCCAACAUUGUCACGUCGCAGCAGUGCAGCAGCGACAGCGUCAUCGACUCCGUAUACCCUAAACGGCAGCUCCGACUCGGAUGACGACGAAGUCGAGCGCAAGACAUCCAACGAUCUGCACUAUCUUUCGCUGCCGUUCGGAAUCGGAAUCGGGUACAGCUACGUCAACAUCGCCGACGGCGGUGACGCACAGAGCCGCAUUUCGAGGCUGGCAGCAAAACGUUCACGAAGGCGAUCUGGGUCGACGUUGGCGCUAUCGACGGGUGCGCUGCCGAUCGCAGGGACGGGUGGAGUCAAUGGGGCGGAUGGUCUUCGGUCGAGAUCGCGCUCUUUCAAGGAGCUGUGCCGCGACGCUUUCGGCACUACAACGUCUCGUGACAUCGGUAUGAUCUCGGAAGAAGAAGUGGAUGGCGAAAUGUCGACGGUCUCGACGCCAAGCAACGAGCAUUGCGCUCGAGGACCUGGCAUCGCACGCUUCGACGACACAAUCGGCGAAAGGACGCUUCUUCGGCGUCGAGAGCGGCGCUUCCGCUUCGGGUCACACGCUGAUCGAUCUGGGAUUCGGAACGCCCGAACUGGCGAUAUCGGAUCCGGACGGCAUCACGCGGCCUGCAUCGACGCCAGGAGUGAUGCCUUCUCAGGUGGCGCGUCAUCCGCAAGUGGAGCAUCUGCGCCGCGAAGGGAGAUCCGAGACCGGCAAGAGGGUUGGCAAAGGUACACCGACGAACGCAAAGCUUCACUAAGGACUCGUGAUGUGAUGAACGUUGCAAUGUCAUCGAAAAUUGGCUGA